AUGCUAAAUCGUUCUCAAGAAAUGGAAGAACAAUGUUUACCUAUUGUUUCACUUGUAAUUGUAGCAGACAAAACUAGAUGUCCGGCAAAUUUUGUUCCGAUAACCUCCACUCACGACGACAACAGCGAUGCAGAUUUGUGGAAGGAUGGCUUCGGUUUUGGUAUAUUUACUCGUUCUGUCAGAUAUUUGGCUGUUAAUAGACGAGUUGCUGAUACGAAUGGACCUUUGGAGGUUUUGACUGAUUUGGCUGUUAUUUCUGACAAAGAAGCUGUGCCUUCUAGCUUUAUUUGUUUAGACUUUACUGUUGAUACAAAAGAAAGAGCUUUAAAGAAAAAAUUUCUUUGUGCACGCUUUUCUCCUAGAAACGAAGCUUUGGAUGCCGUUACAAAUAUUAUAAUUUUGGGGAAAACUAAACGACCACCUCGUGGAUAUUCUUUAGCAGGAGAAGUCGAUGGAAUGUCAAUUUGUUUUAAAGUCAGUACUAUACCUGAAAAUUAUGGUCGUUUAACACACAGCCAGUCACAUGAAUUGGAUCGACUCGGAAAUUGUAAUCUUUCUUCUGCUUCUCCAGCCGUCACGGGUCUAUAUCCAACAGUAAAUAGACACUCAACUAGUGAUUUGGACAAAGUGGGACAAAAUGUCAUUCAAUCGACAAAUCAGCACAAUAUUAAUGCAGUUUUUAGAGGAAUUGAUAGAGUCCCGUUUGAAUUAAAUCCACUUUUUGCGUUUGUGUUGAGUGAGAAAAAUGUUCUUUCCAAACUUCCCCCAAUACCCAAUUUACGAGCAUUAGAGGCUAAAUAUAUUGAUAAAUACAACUUUCAAUUGGAACGUUCAAUUAUUUCUCCAGCAACAACGCCAUCUUCACCGCCUAAUUUUAACAAUUUUAAUACUUUUUAA